CCUACGUUUUACCCACGGGUCACUUUGAAGGGACUUUGAUUGAAUGGGCGUAGGUGAUCCUGACCUGGCAUAAUAGAUAUUGUCUUUGAAUUUUGUAGAAUUAUUUAUUAAUUCAGAAGAAGUCCAACAGCUUUAUGGGAAAUGUUGCUGCCUUUUUUAAUUAGUGAAACUCUUUAUUUAAUCCGUUGAGGAUCAGGGAAAUGAUUUGCUCCAUCCAAGAUAAUGAGAAGACGACGGUACAUAAUGCUAAACAGUUUUAGUGAUGCUGGACUGCUUUAAUAAAAUUAAGGAAACUUUUUAAAUUUGAGACAUGUUAGACAUGUUACCUGCGUUUGUAAUGUACGUGCGUGGUGUGACUUUGUAAACCCCUCAAGAGGUGCGAACAGCAGGGUCUAAGUAGCUCUCCAGGGUGCUGAAACGGUUUCCCUUCGAGACAGACAGAUCGGAGAUCCAGCCUCGCCCUUUACACAACAGGAAUAUGUUGUGUCUUUUCAUCGGCUGUGAAAUUUCACAAGAACUCACAGUGAGACUAUAAAGAUGACAGGAAGGAUUAGGUGAUCAAGAACUACUGGAAAUACAUGAGGUUUUGCCUCAUCGGACCACUUACCUGUCCUGCAGGCCCUGAAACGCUAUGGCUUACUUUGCAGGCAUCUUCAGAUUGUUUGAUGAUGCUUUCAUGUAACCUCAAAAUUCCCCAAUAAGGAUAUUUUGGAAAAACAAUGCAACAUAUUCCUCUACAUUUUGGAGGUGCGCUGUGGGAGUUAUCCAGCUAUCCCUGUGGUCCGAUAUACAAAAGCAGGCACAGCCUAGCGACUCUGCCGUUUUAUAAUUUCCUGCUAUGGGUCCUACUCGGGGUUUUGACAUUCCCAUGCUGUGUCCAGUGCUUGAUAUUCAAAGUAGGAGUCCUCGGGCCUUGGAACUGCGACCCCGUCUUUUCCAAGGCCUUGCCUGCUGUUGCUGCCAAACUUGCAGUGGGCAGGAUAAACGAGGACUUCAGCUUAGAUUUGGGUUGCAAAUUGGACUUUGUGAUCCUGCAAGAGCCGUGCGAAACUUCAAAAGCAUUGACAACAUUUGUUUACUAUGAGAAAACGGUCGAUGCGUUCGUGGGACCCACAAACCCCGGCUACUGUGACGCAGCAUCGCUUUUGUGCAAAAACUGGGAUAAAGGAUUAUUUUCUUGGGCUUGUAUUAACUAUGAGUUGGACCGGAUGAAGGGCUACCCUACAUUUGCAAGGACUUUACCUUCUCCCACCCGUGUGCUGUUCACCGUGUUAAAGUAUUUCAGAUGGGCUAACAUUGGCAUUGUCUCGUCCAAUGAGGAUAUAUGGAUGGACACAGCUAGUAAAGUUGCCAAUGCUCUUAGGAAUCGAGGACUACCUGUUGGCAUAGUGACUUCAAUGGGAAUAAAUGAAACGGAAAUUGAGAACACACUGGGGAGUAUUCAGGCGGCAGGGGACAUCAAAGUCAUCAUCAUGUGCAUGCACUCCGCUCUGAAUGGUGGCGAACAGCAGGUUAACUUCUUGUUGAAGGCCAACGAAAUGGGACUGACCGGGGGUCGCUACGUAUUUGUGCCCUACGAUACUCUUCUCUACAGCCUCCCGUACAACAACAUCUCCUACUUUCCACUCGUAAACAACAGCAAACUGCAGGAGGCCUACGAUGCUGUCCUUACCAUCACCGUGGCAUCAGACACUAUGUCCUUCAACGAGGCAUUCAACAUGGCCAAGAGAACUGAGGAACUCGCAAUUUAUGUUGAGCCUGAGCAGGUCAACCCCCUGUUUGGGACCAUAUACAAUGGUAUUUACCUGCUGGCCAAAGCCAUCCACAAUGCCAGGAGAGCUGGCCAGUGGCUCUCAGGAACCAACCUAGCCUACUUCACCCGAAACAUGACCUACAACGGCUUCAACCAGAAGAUCAUCAUAGAUACUGAGGGUGAAGGCCAGACCAACUACGUCAUCCUGGACUCAAAUGGGUGGGGCGGUAGGCUGUAUCGCGCCUACCUGGUCGACCUAAGCACAGAUAUGGUCCGGUUCGCGGGCAAGUCCAUUCACUUCCCAGGGGGUUCCCCUCCUGCCUCCGACUCCAGCUGUUGGUUCACCCCAGAUGCCAUCUGCAGUGGAGGAGUGGAUGUCACCUACGUCAUAGUGGUGUUUGCAGUCAUAGCUUUUCUGGCUGUUGGAGCACUUGGAGUGAGUCUGAUCGUAAGGAGGAGGAUUGAGCAGAUCCAGUUGGUCAAAGGACCCAAUAGGAUCCUUCUGACAUUGGAGGAUCUCACAUUCAUAAAUCCCCAACUUAGCAAGAGGAAAAUAACCUUAGAAGAUCUUAGCGAAUCGAAGAGUGCUAUGGACGAAAAGAGCACAAGGUCUAUAGACCCCUCCCACUCCGUUAACAGCUUGCAAACAGAAACUCAGGAGUCCACCAAUGUGGCCAUCUACGAAGGAGACUGGGUGUGGCUGAAGAAGUUUGAACAGGGUCAUUUCAAAGAGGUCAAGCAAAGCACCACAAAGAUCUUCACAAAGAUGAAGGACUUGCGGAAUGAAAACGUAAACCUUUUCUUGGGCUUCUUCUCCGAUGGUGAUAUUUUUGCCGUGGUGACGGAGCACUGUUCCCGAGGCAGUCUGCAGGACCUGCUGAAGAACGAUGAUGUCAAGCUAGACUGGAUGUUCAAGUCCUCGCUGUUGCUGGACCUGAUCAAGGGUAUGAAGUACCUUCAUCACAGAGAAUUCCCUCAUGGUCGACUGAAGUCUCGUAACUGCGUAGUAGAUGGGCGUUUUGUCCUGAAGAUCACGGACUAUGGCUUCAACGAGCUGCUAGAAUCCCAGAAAGCCCCCAAAACUGUAUCCCCACCUGAAGAGAUGUUUUGGACAGCUCCAGAGUUCCUCCGGGACCCAGAGAACGCUAGAAAGGGGACUUAUAAAGGAGACGUCUACAGCUUCGCCAUCAUACUCCAGGAGGUAGUGGUGAGAGGAUCCCCAUACUGCAUGCUGGGAUUGACUCCUGAGGAGAUCAUUAGGAAGGUGAAAAAGCCCCCUCCCAUGUGCAGGCCCACGGUGGCCCCCGACCAGGCCCCGCUGGAGUGUAUCCAGCUGAUGAAGCAGUGCUGGGGGGAGCAGCCUGACCGCAGACCAGCCUUCGACGAGAUCUUUGACCAGUUCAAACUGAUCAACAAGGGGAAGAAGACCAACAUCAUUGACUCGAUGCUGCGCAUGCUGGAGCAGUACUCCUCUAACCUGGAGGACCUGAUCAGGGAGAGGACCGAGGAGCUUGAGGUGGAGAAGCAGAGGACUGAGAAGCUGCUGUCUGAGAUGCUCCCUCCCUCUGUGGCAGAGGCGUUGAAGACAGGAGCCACGGUGGAGCCCGAGUACUUCGACCAGGUCACCAUCUACUUCAGCGACAUUGUGGGCUUCACCACCAUCUCAUCCCUCAGCGACCCCAUCGAGGUGGUGGACCUGCUCAAUGACCUCUACACGCUGUUCGACGCUGUGCUUAGCAACCAUGAUGUCUACAAGGUGGAGACCAUUGGAGAUGCCUACAUGGUGGCAUCAGGUCUGCCAAAGAGGAACGGCAACAAGCACGCAGCGGAGAUAGCCAACAUGUCCCUGAACAUCCUCAGCUCUGUGGGCACCUUUCAGAUGCGACACAUGCCCAAUGUACCCGUCAGGAUACGCAUUGGGAUACACUCAGGGUCGUGCGUUGCCGGGGUGGUUGGUCUCACCAUGCCUCGCUAUUGCCUUUUUGGAGACACAGUCAACACCGCCUCUCGAAUGGAAUCCACUGGGCUGCCUUAUAGAAUCCAUGUGAACAUGACCACUGUGAAGAUCCUUCACUCCCUGAAUGAUGGAUACAAGAUAGAUGUCAGGGGCAAGACAGAACUGAAGGGUAAAGGCAUAGAGGAGACGUACUGGCUAGUUGGGAAAUCAAACUUUACGAAGCCUUUGCCAAAGCCUCCAGAAAUCAAACCAGGGGACAACUGGCAAGCGAUGGUGACAGAAGAGAUCAAGUCCAUAUUUCGAAAGGCCAACAGGGAAGUGGACAAGCCUAAAAUCUGAGUGGAAGAACAACAGAGUCUGAGAGUGAAAGAUAGAUAGAGAAGAGAGGGAGUCAAAUUCAAAAGAAGAAGAGGACACAUCCUUAGGCAGAAGGAGGGAUGAGGGCCGACUGACAGGAAGGAAGAACAGAGGGCAUGGGCCAGGCUGCUCACCUCAGCUUACAUGGGACUCCUUUAAUAGGAUUGCCUGUUCUCUGGCUAAUCUGCUUGUGUCCAGCGUAGCAGAAAGGGAGAGUACUAAUGAAAUGAAAGUUGCUGUAUUACUGGUGCGCAACGGGGGAACGUGUAUAUCUCCUUAACAGUGAAUGCUCUUACUCCUCUCUGCCAUCAUUGGCCACUAAGUGGCCUCGCAACGGGACCCCCCCCCCCCCCCCCAUGUUCAAUUGGACGAUCGACCAUUCACCUCCUGUACCAUAGCUUUAAUGCCAAACAGUCCCUGUUUGGCACUGUUUUAAAUGUUAUCAGUCUUUUAGAAUUUGUCAAGAGGACUGUGGGGUCUGCACACAUGCAAGGCUUCGGAUAGAAUGUCAGAAUGCUAGUCAUGGCUAGAUGUGGUUAAAAUAUAUAAGGGUAAAUAGAUUUAUGUAAGGGUAGCACUUCAAAAUUUAGUAUGACUUUGUCUGAAUAACAAAAUUGUUUAAUAAUACUCCUGAAAACACAAGGGUAAAGAUGUUGUUUCCUCUGAACGGUGCGUUCCUACAUGUAAUGUUAUUGUGUUAAAAUGGCAUGUAUCAUGAUAGUUUGUUUAAAUGUUUCUGUAAGCUGUGUGAAUGCAUUCUAAACCUUCAUUUAAAAAAAUGUAUGACACAUCAUUCAUUGACGCCAGGAUCAUGUUACUGUAAAUAUUGCGGAUAUAGUGAAGGACCUGUCAAUGCCUACUUUGACUAAUGGCAAUGGCAGGUACACAGGAAGGGCAGCGUGUGACCCAGCAUUGUUGCCCCUCCUUGUUGCUGCCUUCAUUGACAAGAGCUCCACCUCUUGUCAGAUUUGAGACAUUGCUUGUGCAAGAGAACUGAAUGUACUUCAUCUGUCUUUGAAAGACUAGGCCUACCUUAAUAAUAUGCUAGGAUAGAGAAUAUAAUCAGAGCAAGAAAUAUAUUUAAGAGCAAAACAAUUCAAGCAAUAAUACUGCUCAGUACAUAUUUGUGGAUAAUUGGAGAAAUAACUCUCUCAUGUAAAUUCAAGCACAUUAUUUGAUGUUUGUAUAUAUUUCAUACAGAUCUAGAUAGACUGUAAGGACUUUACUGUACAUACUGUAAAACAUUGUCCAGAUUCAUUAUAUGUUGUUAUUUGUCUUGGAUGUUUAUAAAAGACAAAUGUAAAUAUGGCAUAUUUAAUUAAAUAAAUCAUGGAU